UCCAGAGAAGAUGGAUAACAAAGAAUCAACCAGAUGCAAUCCUUUUUCGUUUAAUUUUGAUUCCGUGGCGCAACAUCUGAACGCGAUCGCUGAAGGUGUCGAAGUUUGGACUUCUGUGCAGUCGAGAAAUGAAGAGUGAUCGAGCAAAGUGCGCGCUGGAAUCGGGAGAGGUGGAAAGAGGAGAGAUGCGGUUGGCUGCUUUGAUUCCCUCCUUGCAAAGGAAAGAUCAGGAAACACUCCUGCAACGGUGUCCAUCCCGAUCCCAUCUCUUCUCUCUGUCAGUUUUUGUGGCAAAGUAACUGGGAUCCUGAUUGACCUAUGCUUCAGAGAGAAGGUAGUUAAACCAGGAGUCCUCUUCUCACGCUCAGUCCGGGUAUCAUUUGAUGGAGCAGCUAGGAGCAGCGCGAUCAGGGCUCUGGAAGAGAUAACAAGAUCAUCUCCGUCUCUUCAACUCUAGACAGCUCCUCCCACACUCCUCCCCGUCUGGGAGCCGUGUGGCUGUGAUUUCAGCACCCGGAUCCCGGACAGCUCCCUCCCGCCUGGGAACUGCGUGACCAGUGCUCUGUAUUUGGACUCCGGACAGCUCCCGUUAGACCGUCCGCCUCAGCGUUCAACACCCGAGCAUCGGACAGCUUCCUUUCGCUCGGAUGAGGCUUUGAGCUCUGGUUGUGAAUUGGCCUCCGCGAUUCUAGCCAAUUUCCUCCUCUCUGCAAGGAACGUCCAGUGAGCAAAUGGCAUCUCUCGGCUUCUUCUCCAAUGAUUCGGGACAGCGAUCCGGCGCCGGAGACAAUUCAGCGGCAGCCCCCGCUUGGUGUCAGAUGGCCCAAAAGUUCACUGGCGGCAUUGGAACAAAGCUUUGCGCAUUCCUGUAUGGUGAUGGCCAGCGACCCAAGGAUGCGGUUGUGAAGGAGGAAGCUCCACCCCUGGAAACCACCCUGACCUGUACCUGCAGCAAAACUCCAUGUGCUUGUCAGAAAGUUCAAAUCAACUUUUCUGUCUUGCAUUCAACAGACCUUCUGCCAGCAUGCAAUGGAGAAGGAGUCACUUUCACGUUCUUGGAACAAGUGUUGGACAUUCUACUUGAGUACAUUUUGAAAACAUUUGAUAGAUCUACAAAAGUAAUAGAUUUCCACUAUCCUGAUGAUCUUCUUGAGGGAUUUAACUGGAUGCUAGAUGAAAAGCCAAACUCUUUAGAAGACAUUUUGUUGACCUGCAGGACAACACUAAAAUAUGCUGUUAAAACAGGUCAUCCUAGAUAUUUCAACCAGCUGUCUACAGGCUUAGAUAUGGUUGGCCUUGCUGCUGAUUGGCUUACCUCCACAGCUAACACGAACAUGUUCACAUAUGAGAUUGCACCAGUGUUUGUUCUGUUGGAAUACAUCACGCUGAAGAAAAUGAGGGAAAUGAUUGGCUGGCCUGGAGGAUGUGGAGAUGGAAUAUUCUCACCUGGUGGAGCAAUAUCAAACAUGUAUGCCUUGCUAAUUGCACGAUACAAGCUGUUUCCUGAAGUUAAAGAAAAAGGAAUGGCUGCCCUUCCGAAACUAAUUGCCUUCACAUCAGAACACAGUCAUUUUUCGAUAAAGAAGGCAGCAGCAGCAUUGGGGAUUGGGACAGAUGGAGUGGUUCUGAUCAGGUGUGAUGCAAGGGGGAAAAUAAUACCAUCAGACCUUGAGAGAAGAAUACUUGAAGCUAAGCAAAAGGGCUUUGUUCCAUUCUUUGUGAAUGCUACUGCUGGCACCACAGUGUAUGGUGCCUUCGACCCUCUAGCAGCCAUUGCCGACAUAUGUCAGAAGUACAAGAUCUGGAUGCACGUGGAUGCAGCCUGGGGUGGUGGUUUGCUGAUGUCUAGAAAACAUCGCUGGAAGUUAAGUGGAACUGAGAGGGCGAACUCUGUUACUUGGAAUCCACACAAGAUGAUGGGAGUCCCCUUGCAGUGUUCGGCUCUACUAGUCAGAGAAGAGGGACUGUUGCAGAGCUGUAAUCAGAUGAACGCCUGCUACCUCUUCCAACCUGACAAACACUAUGAUCUGUCCUACGACACUGGAGAUAAGGCAUUGCAGUGUGGGCGACACGUGGAUAUUUUUAAAUUGUGGCUGAUGUGGAGAGCUAAGGGUACCUUGGGUUUUGAGGCACAGAUUGACAAGUGUUUGGACCUAUCUGACUACUUGUACAACAAAAUUAAAAACAGAGAAGGAUACGAAAUGGUGCUUGAUGGGAAACCACAGCACACCAAUAUCUGCUUCUGGUAUUUGCCUCAUAGUAUUCGACAUUUACCAGAUAAUGAAGAGAGAAGGAGCUUGCUGAUGAAAGUGGCUCCACAGAUUAAAACUAGAAUGAUGACAUUUGGGACCACAAUGGUAAGUUACCAGCCCCAAGGUGACAAAGUUAAUUUCUUCCGUAUGGUCAUCUCAAACCCAGCAGCCACACAAGAAGACAUUGAUUUCCUCAUUGAGGAAAUAGAACGACUUGGGCAAGACCUGUAACUGCAAGUCAUCGGGCCCAUUUCAAUGGAGAUGUUGCUAUUGUGUGAAUGUACUUCAUUGUUUACCUCCUCCAAACUAGUCUUCUUUGAUAUUAGCCCUUGCUGCAGGUACUGGAGCUGAAGACUCCAAUCUGGAAUUAUGGACGUUACAAGUUAUUUAAUGCAAUUAGACAUUCACUAAUAUUGUUGAAAGUUUUGACUCAUCAACAAUAUGUCAUUCUUCAGAAAAAUUGUACUAAAGCAUUAAGUACUGUAACAAUCUUCUCACAGUAAAUAGAGCACCUUGAAAUCUAUUUAGAUAUUUUGUUACGAUGCUUUAAAAGCAUUUUUGCAGCCACACAUUAAACACCAAUAGCCUCCACCAUUGUGGUUGUCACUAAUGAAGGUCUCUAUUUACAAAGCUUUGAGUAUUGUAAAAGUCCAGGUGUCUGCAAAUUUCAUCGAUGUACAAAAGAAUAAAUAAUUAAGGCUUAUUCUCUUUAGCUGAUGUGAAAAACAAAUACUUAAAAGAUCUGUGCUUCAAGCUCUGUGAAAACUUUAUUCUCUAAUUUAAAAUCUGCAUUGAAGUGUCAAAUUUCAAAUAUUCUAUUUAUUUUGAUAGAGAAAAAGUGCUUUAGUACAUUUGAUUGCCAUACUUGAAUUUGUGAGUUCAGUGUUUGAAACUUUUCCUCCAGGAAUUUAUGUCAUGUAUAUUUGUGAUGUUGCUCUUCCUGAUGUAAAGAAAUGGCAAAUGACAACUCUUGCCAACUGGAUAGUGGUCAGUGUCUGUGAACGUAUUUCCUUUGUAGACCUUUGAGUAAUGUCUAGUUUACCUCAGAUUGAGGCUGUGCACUUUAGAAGCAAACUGUAUGGUGUUGAAUGAAAAUGUUUUAAUGUUGUAGAAUAUUGUUAUCAAACUCAGAAACUUUAGAUAUGGUUACAGGAAGCUUUGAGUUAAAACUCUGACUUGGUCGUCCACUUCCAAUGUGGCAAAAUUAGCAUUAAAUCCUACAAACCAGUUAGAUUGUAAAAUUUAAUUAGAUUCCAGGUUAAAUAUGAAAAUGUCAUGUAAAAUAUCAGUCCAAGCAGGGUGGAGCAAAAAAGUAUAAGAUCGCUGCCAAGGGGUGGUCUCAAAGCACAAGUUCAUACAACCAAUGCAAAUGCACCAUUAACAUUUCACAGAAUGAAAUGUUUAUGAAAAUUUAUCACUUUAUUUUUAAUACUUCUAGUGUUAGCUUGGAUUAAGUAAUAACUGGCCCCCUCCCUCUACUGAAAUCUAACUGACCAUCAGAAUACCAGCUUCAGAAUAGCAGAAGACUAAACUUUAAUUCUGAUAUCAAGAAUUCUUUUAUGUGCAGAGUGGUCAACAAGCAGAAUUGACCCCUGCAUAAAGUAAAGGAAAUAGAAAGUCCGAGCCAAUUGGAUCUUCUGUGAGGGAACUAUAGAUAGGCCAAAUGAUGAGGACGAAAUAGCCCUUGCCUCCAGCUUGCAUAGUUGCUUUAAUUCAGCCAUCAGUUGAACUUGACCUUGCAAUCUCUAGCACCCAAGACCGAGGUCAACACCUGGAUCUUGAGUACAACUUGAGGGGCCUCUGUUGGUCGGAGUUGAACAUGGAUGUUACGCCCUAGCUGUCUAAGUUGGCGCAGUACCACAAGCCAGGACAGUACAAUAUGGAGAGCAAGCUGUGCCAAUAAAGCAGGCUCACCUUCUCCAUGCAACUGAUGAAUCCAAAGGAAUGGCAUAGACAAAUACAGUUUAGUACCAGCAGCGUUGCAAGAGUUUCCAAUCAGCGUUGAACUCAAUGUAGGACUGCCUGAAGGACUUCAGCUCUGGAUUUUUCAUUGGGGUUUACUCCCAAAGCCUUCCCCAUGAAUGGCUAUAGCCCCAAGGCAGUGGAGGUUUGAAAUCGGAGUAUUACUUUUCCUCGAUGAGUUGCCAGCUACAGCUAAUGAGACUCAUCUGCCUGGAGUGGCUGUUUCUAAGGUGCCAGUAACCCACCUUUUCCUCUUCUGUCAGUAGAAACAGUUCCGCUGGGCUUAGUAGCUAAGCCACACAUGAAGGCCAGGAGCUAGAUUUCAUUGUCAGAGGCUACUUGAGAUGCAAGCCAUUAGGAGCCUGUAAUAGGUAGUGGGAACUACCCUCUCCCCUGGUUAUGACAACUGUAAGGAACCUGAGUAUAACUACCAACAAAUAGAAAUGCCCAACCUUGAAACUCUGGGAUCAAGAAUUAUGUUCAUCCUCCUACUGAUCCAUCUCAACUGGUGACUUCCCAGUUUGGGUUCCAGCUCAGAGGCUUCCUGAUGUAUUAAUUUGCUUUGCAUCCUUUUUGGUAGUUGAACUUCUCUCUUGAUCAGAUUAUUUGACUGACAUUACCAUGUCAUUACUGUUAUUUAAAAAUGGAUAAGUCCUUAUACUUUCAUUUAAAUACAUGAGAUUUUCAGGAUUGGAAUUAAGAAAAACCUAAUUUCUGAUCCCAUUCUUGUAAAAUAGCUCUGUUCAGAUGUGAAGUAGAACCAUACCUAUUUUGAUUGUCUUGUGGUGUCUACAGAUGAAUUAGUUGUGUACAGUGCCAACUAUGUUAAAAUGAAUAUAAUGAUCCAACCUACUUACCAUUUGUAUAGAAGUGUACACCAUUUGUAUAGAAAAGUUGUGCUAUGAAUACUUUAUUUUCUCGAAAGCACAAGUUAAAUGAAUACUGCCUCCUCCUGCACCAGCAGAUAAAUUUUGUUUGCAGCACAGUGGCAAAAUAGGUGGUAUUGAGAAACUUAUGACCCAGGAAGGGAAAUUUGUAACAUAUUAUCUUAUGUAGAUGUACCUUUUAGACAAUGAUUGGCUACACGAAACACACUCUGGUAAUCAUUUUUCCAAAAUAUGCUUAAUGAUCUUGCACUAACCCUAAUGAUCCCUUCUAGUAAAGAGUUUAAUAAUAUUACUUAAUUAAAAAGCAACACUCCCUCCAAAGAGCAUUGAAAGACAUUCUAAAAGAUCAGUGUCCAUUCCCCACAUUACAAAUGGAAUUCUAACCGUAGGACUUGAAUCUACUGUUUCCGGGCUUUCUUAACACAGAGAUCAAGGAAACUCCACAGCAUCUGAUGCUGAACAAUUAAAAAUGGUGAAGCUUUAAAGCUUCUAUCAUACAAGGUUAUAGAUGCUUAGACACUAAGUUUAUUCAGGAUAGGAAUUAAAGCGCUCUUGGAUAACAAGGGAAUCACCAAAAAUAAGAUUAGUGCAAGAGAGCGGCAGUGAGAUAAAAUAUCACUCAUGAUCUUUUUGAAUAGUGGAGCAGGCAUAAGGAGCUGAAUGGUCCAAAUCCGGUUUAUACUUUUUAUGUUACGUUAUAACAAAGGCUCAAAACUGAGGAGGAGCCUAGUGGAGUAAAUAUUCUAAAUUCUCCAAGCAAGAGUAAACACAAGAGAUCCUGCAGAUCCAGAAAUCCAGAACAACACACACACAAAGUGCUGGAGGAACUCAGCAAGUCAGGCAGCAUCAAAGAAAUGAAUAAACAGUUGAUAUUUCAGGCCAAGACCCUGAAAUGAAGGGGGAAGAAGCCAGAAUAAGGAGAUUUGGGGAGGGGGUGGUGGAGGGGGAUGAAGUAAGAAGUUGGGAGGAGGUAAGUGGAAAAAGCAAAGGGCUAGAGAAGGAAUCUGAUAGGAAAGAAGAGUGGACCAUGGGAGAAAGGGAAGAAGGAGAAGGAGUAAAAUGACAUUCCCAAAGAAUGACUUAGAUAUAAAUGGAAUGGUCUUAAAAAGGUUAAAGAUAUUAUAAUAAAUAAAUCCCCAACAGUAUUUAGAACAUAGAACACUACAGCACAGUACUGGCCUUUGGUCCAAAAUGGUGUGAUGACCUUUUCACCUGCGCUAAGGUCAUUCUAACCCUUUCCUCCUACAUAGCCCGCCAUUAUUCCAUCAUUCAUGUGCCUAUAUGAGAGUUUCUUAAAUGCUGCUAAUGUAUCUACCUCUACCACCACCCCUGCCAGGGCAUUCCAUGCAUUCACCACUCUCUGUGCAAAGAACUUACCACUGACAUCCCACCUAUACAUUCCUCCAAUCACCUUAAAAUUAUGCCCUCUGGUUUUUGCCAUUUCCGCCCCGGGAAAACAAAAUCUCUGACUAUCCAUUCAAUCUUAUGCCUCUUAUCAUCUUGUAUUCAUCUAUCAAAUCACCUGUCAUCCUCCUUCGCUCCAAAAACUAAAGCCUUUUCUUGCUCAAGCUAUCCUCAUAAGACAUGCUCUCUAAUCCAGACAACAUCCUGGUAAAUCUCCUCUGCACCCUCUCUAGAGCUUCUACAUCCUUCCCAUAAUGAGGCAACCAGAACUGAGCACAAUAUUCCAAGCAUGGUAUAACAGGGGUUUUAUAGAGCUUUUUCACUCUGUACUUUACUCUGUAUCUACCCGAAGCACAGACAGACAGAAACUGAGAAGAAUUUUAUAAUUUAUUGAUCAUCUGAGUCUCAAGUAGAGAAGGGAGGGACGGGGACUUUGAAAGCCUUGGCUCUAUUCAGAAAGGGAAACAAAUCAAUGGCAAGGUCUAUCUUAUUAGUUUUCUAUUCUAUAAAAUACUAGAAUAAAUUUUCAGACUCGAUUUAAAUAUCACCUGUAAAAUAACCGGGUAAGUAAACAACAAUUUAGAAGUCCAAGCUCCUGUCUGGCUACAAUCUUCAAACCUCAGUCUUCAACUGUUUUGAGGACGUGAGUAUGCAGAUGAACACUCAGCUCACUAACUACAACUAACCAUUUUAUUUUGGAGUCACAAAAGAAUGCACACUGGAAUCCGAGGGCCAGGCAGCAGCUAUUGAGCGAAAUGGAGAGUCGAUGCUUCGGGUCAAGAUCCUUCAUAUGAAAAGGUGUCAAUUACUUUCCAAUCAUUUUAUUUUACCUAUCAUCUCAUUUUUGGUCUGCUAAGUGAGGGAUUUACCUGACUCCCAGCAACUCCGGGUUUCAUUAAAAUACUCUUCAAAGUCAAGCCAUCUCAUAGAGCCUGGUGAAAGUCUCAGCCAGAAACAUUGACUGUUUAUUCCUUUCCAUAUGCUGGGUUCCUCCAGCAUUUUUAUCUGUUAAUAUGGAUUUCCAGCAUCCGCGGAAUCUCUUGUGUUUAAAGAUUGGAUAAGCUUGGCUUGUUUUCUUCAGAACAGAAGAUGGCAAGGGGUAAAUUUAAUUGGAUUUGCAUAAAAUUAUAAAUCCUUGGCAGAGAAAAAAUAGGGGACAUAGAUGAUAAAUAUUUGGUAGAAAGAUUAGUCCAGAGAAAAGGAAAUAUUUUUCACCUAGAGGAUAGGAGGGGACUGGGAUUUGCUUCUUGAAAGGAUGAGAAAGGCAGAAAUCCUUGGCGUGUUUUAUCUGAACUCAAGUGUUGUGAGGAACUGUUAUCUGCAGGGCUACAGAUCUAAAGCUGGAAGGAUAAAAUAGGUUGGAGAGCUAUUUCACUAUUGGAAUAGAAAUAAUUGACAGAAUUGAUCCUUUCUGUACGGUAAAUCUUUCAUGGUUUGCUUGUGUUGCAAUAAACUAAAUAAGAGGUGAAAGAGACCUGGGAUUCUGACUAACCCUGAUAUUAAAUAUGUCUAUCCAAUGCAAUCAAUCAAGCCUGUAAGAUUCAUUACCAGUUCAGUACAAUCAAUAGGAGUAGUGAUCAUACACUGAGUAUCACAUCCAGUGCUGAUGGCCUUGGAAAGAGAGUGAUGUUCAAAUAGAAUGAGCCACAUGUUUGAAAUGGAGAAGUUCAAUUUAUCGCGAAUGACAGGAGAAAUUCAAUCUGGUGUAUUUGCGAGGGAGAACAGAGAACAUAAAACAGUACAUCAGAUAAACAGGUCCUUCGGCCCACAAUGUUGUGCCGAACCAAUUAAACUAGUAGUCAAAUGGUCAACUAAACUAACCCCUUCUACCAACACAAUAUCCAUAUCCUUCCAUUCAUGUGCCUAUCUAAAUAUCUAUUAAAAGUCCUUAAUGUAUUUGCCUCUACUAUCACCCCAGAGAACACAUUCCAGGCACCCAUCUCUCUCCCUGCCCUCUUGCCCUUCACAUCUCCUUUGAUGCUACCCACUCUCACCUUAAAUAUAUGCCCUCUGGUAUUAGACAUUUCAAACCUGAUAAAAAGAUACUGUCUCUGUACACUAUCUGUGUCUCUCAUAAUCUUAUAAACCUGUGUAAAAUCUCCCCUCAGCCUCCGCAACUCCAGAGAAAACAACCCAAGUUUGUCCAGCCUCUCUAAUCCAAGCAAAGUCCUGGUAAACCUCUUCUGAACCAUCUCCAAAGUCUUGACACCCUUCCUAUAAUGGGGUGACCAGAACUGUAUGCAAUACUCCAGAUGCGGUCCAACGGCAACAUAACCUCCUGACUUUUGAAUUCAAUGCCUUGACUCAUAAAGGCAGCAUACCAUAUGCUUUCUUAACCUCUUCUAUCAACCUACAAUAUCUCGCAAUAUGGUAGUCUAAUGGAAGCAAAUAAACUGUAUCUUUCAAAGUAGAAUCACUUUGUAUUUAAUUGUAGGAAAAGAAGACACAGGCAAGUUCAAAUGGGUAAAUAUUAAUUUUAGGCUAGAGAUCAGAAAAUAUAUCUUUACAGAAGAGCCACCAGCAAGUUAUGGAGUCACAGAUUUUUAAAGCACAGAAAUGGGCCCCAUGACCCACAAUGUCCUUGCUGACCUUUUUGCCUAUUCACACUAAUCUACUGCCAACAGUAGGUUCAUAUCCUUUUUACCAUUCCUAUUUAAGUGUUUCUGUGUCUCUCAAAUGUAGUGAUUUUAUCUGAUAACACCACCUCCUCUGACAGUGUCUCAACCAUGCUGUGUGUGCAUAUAAAACCAUUCCCCCUCAUCCAUGUUAAAAUUCCUUCCUUUCACCUUUAACCCAUGCCCUCUUGUGCUUGAUUUUGUUUUUGUUUUGUUUUCAUUGCCAUGGGGAAACUAUUCUGACAAACAAUCCCAUCUAUGUCUCUUAUAAGUUUAUAUAACAAUAAAUCUCAAAACAAUAGAAGUCUGUGGAUUCAAUUAAGAAACAAUUGGAUAUGUGAAUCUUUCAAAGUGGAUAAAUUAAAGAAAGCUAGUUGGCAUUUCUUAUGCUCCGAUAUAUUUAAGCAUUUCACAAAUGCAUGCAAUAAAUGACAACUUGAGAUGUAUGGUGUAAAAUGGCCAAGUAAAGAGAGUGGAGGAAGGUGCAGUUUCAACAUGCUGCCGCCUAAUUUAAUUCAAAGCUGACUCAAUCAUUCACUAGAAGGUACGUGUUGUUGAAUCUGAUUAUACCCACUGAUGCACUGAUAAUUAUGAAAUUUCUAGAUGGGUCACACUGACCUCAGAAGUUGCACUGUGAUGAAGCAUUACCACUAUUGACCCUAUUUCAGCUUCCAUCUUGAGUUUAUUAAAACUUAGUGUGAAUUGGUAUUUGUUGGGUUGGAGAAGUCCUUGAAUGAACAAACUGUGUCUUACUCAUGUCCAUUUCAUUGGCUAAGGUGUGUAUUACAUGUAUUUCACAGGAUCUACAGAGUCUCUCAAAGAAAGUGAAGUAUAAAUAUAUUAUUGUGUAGUGACCUUCUUGUAUAUGAUGCAUAUUUUGCAAUGUUCCCUCCACUAUGGAACUGUGUAUUGGAAUCUGAAUAGUAAACUCUGUCCUGUGUCUUUGCUGUAAAGAUGCCUGUUGUAAUUCCAGCCAGCUACAGGUACAGUGUUACCUGUAAUAAAGAACUUGAGUGUUUGAUGCUUUAGUCUGUGCAUAUAUAUCAGGAAAUGCAUACAGAGACUGGAAAGUGAAUACUGCACCUUAAAACAGAUACAUAUUUUCUCUAAACUGUGUUCAAAUGGAAACUGCAUUAAGACUUAACUUUAUCACUUUGGAUCGAUUUGUACCCAAAGAUGCAUUCAAGAUUGUCAUGUUUAAA